GUAGCUCUAUUGCUAUUGUCAAAUGACAAAAUAUCUACUUUCAAUAGGUUUAUUUUUGUGAUAAAUUAGUCAUUGUAAAUCAAUUUUUGAUAAAUAGGAUGUGAAGCAGUAUUGCAGAAUGUGGAAAUUAAUGCAGAGCGCCUCUAAGCUGUCUUCCAGCUUAAGAAAUUAUGUAUUGAGCAAGAACUGUGCCUUUCAUUACCGGAACUACCAAAGUAGUAAGACAUUAUUUAAUGAUGCUGCGAAAGAAUUUGUUAAAAAAACAGAUAAAAAACCUAAUUUUAAUUUUUCAACAUGUACAAAGAUAGCAUUGGGGUUAUCAAGUGGUGGUAUUUUGCAAAUUGCUUUGGUAAACAACAGGGCUUUAUGUACAGCUAAAACCAAUAGAAUGACAACAUACAGGACAUCCUCUGGCAAACAGCAAAAAUUUGAUUGGGAUAAAUUUUGGCAGUAUUUAAAACCCCAUAUUUGGUAUCUUAUUGCGGCAAUUGCUGGAGCUUUAGCUGUUGCGAUCUUAAAUAUACAAAUACCGCAAGUAAUGGGAGGGGUUAUUAAUGUUAUAGCUCAGUAUACAGACAACAAGAAUAGUGAAUCAUUUAUAAAUGAAAUGAAAGUGCCUGCGAUUAAACUUAUUGCAAUGUAUGUUGGCCAAUCACUUUGUACGUUUUUUUACAUUUACAUGUUAUCUAAUUUGGGUGAAAGAAUUUCAUUUCAAAUGAAAACCGAUUUAUUUGCUGCAAUAAUGCGCCAAGAUAUUGCGUUCUUUGACCAACAAAGAACCGGUGAGGUGAUCAACAGACUGACUUCCGAUAUCCAAGACUUUAAAAGCAGUUUUAAACAGACGGUAUCGGGCGGUUUAAGGGCAAUUGCCCAAAUUGUGGGAUGCUCAGUGUCCCUAAUUAUGAUUUCACCUCACAUGACUUUUAUUACGUUACUUUGUGUCCCCACAGUUAUUGCUGUUGGGACGCUUUUUGGGGGCUUGUUAAGGAACACUUCAAGGAAAGCACAGGCACAGAUUGAAAAAACAACCGCUGUCGCGGAUGAAGCUGUAAGCAACAUAAGAACAGUCCGAGCGUUUGGGAUGGAAGAUCAAGAGAGGGAAUUAUUUGAUGCUGAGGCUGAAUUAGCAAUGGUUUUAAAUGAAAAUUUGGGUUUUGGUAUUGGGUGGUUCCAAGCGGGUACAAAUUUAUUUUUAAAUGGGAUGGUUUUAAUUACACUUUACAUGGGUGGUUAUUUGCUCUCAACUGAUAAGUUGUCUCCGGGAGAAUUGAUGGCGUAUUUGAUGGCCUCCCAAACUAUUCAGAGGUCAUUGGGGCAACUGUCCCUGCUUUUUGGGUCCGUGGUCAGGGGGGUUGCGGCAGGAUCGCGUGUUUUUGAGUAUAUGAAUUUACGACCAACUAUGCCUUUAAGAGGAGGGAAAAUAAUUCCAGAAGAUAAUCUGAAGGGUGAUAUUGAGUUCAAAAACGUAACAUUUGCUUAUCCAACGCGACGACAACAGUAUGUUUUAAAGAAUUUUGAUUUAAAAAUACCUUCUGGUAAAACUUUGGCAAUAGUUGGAGCUUCAGGUAACGGCAAAUCUACGGUUGUUGCGCUGAUAGAACGAUUUUACGACGUAAAUUGCGGUUCGGUCACUUUAGACGGUCAUGACAUUAAAACCCUCGACCCAUCAUGGUUGAGACAGCGUGUUCUGGGGCUAAUAAGCCAAGAGCCAAUUUUGUUUGGUACUUCCAUUGUCGAAAAUAUCAGAUAUGGGCUCCCUAGUGCCUCAGAUGAGGAAGUCAAAGAAGCGGCAAAAUUAGCAAACGCCCAUGACUUUAUCUCCAGUUUUCCGCAAGGGUAUGACACUAUGGUGGGUGAGAGAGGGGUGACAUUAUCCGGUGGCCAAAAACAAAGAAUUGCCAUUGCUAGAGCGUUACUUAAAAACCCGACAGUAUUACUAUUAGAUGAAGCAACAAGUGCUUUAGACACAGAAUCGGAGAAAGUCGUACAAAACGCAUUAGAAAAUGCUAAAAAGGGGAGGACCGUUGUGGUGAUCGCCCACCGACUGUCCACGGUUCAGAACGCUGACAUAAUUGUUGUUUUGAAUAAGGGGGUUAUAGUUGAGAUGGGGACCCAUGAGGAGUUGACACGCAAGCGGGGCUAUUACUGGUCUCUGACGUACCAACAGCAGGAGGUUCCCGCCGGUUAAUUUGUAUUUUUUGUAUGAAAUAAAUUGUUUGUGUUGGAAAA